AUGGGGCUGCGGACCUGCGGCGCCAUGGAAGGUGAGCACGUUGUCGCCUCGCCUUUCUUCGAGUGGUUGAAGCCGCCGCCGGCGUCGCCGUCCUCGUCGAGAUCGUCGUCGACUUUCUCGUCCUCGUCGUCGUCUAUGGCGUCUGGGCACCAAGAGGAUCGCAGCAGCGUGGCAUGCUUGCCCCUGCUCCGCAUGCUCGAGGAGGGGAAGGGGGCUGGUGGUGACCAUAAGCACCCUGCGCCUGCGGUCAAGGAAGAGAUCAUGGGCAGCGGCGCGGCCGGGGUGCUGGGGCCUGGCGUGGAUCUGAAUAUCGGCUUGCCGGUUGGUGGAUCUUGCGAUGAUGACAUCAUGGAGGAGGAGGAGGGCCAGGAGGAAGAUGAUGACCACGACUGUGACGAAGAGGAGGAGGAAGAGAUGGAUGAGUUGGAACCUACCCAUGGAGCUUGCAAGGUGGAGGCAGAGGAGAAAGAGGAGCACGGCGAGCCGGUGGUCUCGGUGGAAGGAACAAACAGCGUCAGCAUGCCGGAAUUCGGCGUGGUCGGAGCAGAGGGCGGCGUGCCCAUGGGCUGCGAGUACUGGAUCCCGACGCCGGCGCAGAUCCUCGUCGGCCCGGUGCAGUUUGUCUGCCAUGUCUGUAACAAGAGCUUCAACAGAUACAAUAACAUGCAGCGCAGUGAAGAUCUAUCUCCCAUCCCCACACCGCCGAAUGGCUCCGUCGAAGUUGAGCCUGACCUAUCCAACACCGGCCACUUUCCCAAUGGCAUUGCAGGCGUUUGGUGUCUGAAUGGGACCCAGGGCUCGUCUCCUAGGAGCUCCAAAGCUAAUCAAGUGUCAAUUUAUUCCAAAGAGAAGAUGCACAUGUGGGGCCACGGGCGGGAGUACCGCAAGGGCCCGGAGUCGCUCAAGGGCACGCAGACGCUGGCGCUGCUGAAGCUGCCGUGCUACUGCUGCGCCGCCGGGUGCCGGAACAGCGUGGCCCACCCGCGCGCGCGGCCGCUCAAGGACUUCCGCACUCUGCAGACGCACUACAAGCGCAAGCACGGCGCCAGGCCCUUCCGCUGCCGCCGCUGCGCCAAGCCCUUCGCCGUCAAGGGCGACUGGCGCACGCACGAGAAGAACUGCGGCAAGCGCUGGUUCUGCGCCUGCGGCUCCGACUUCAAGCACAAGCGCUCCCUCAACGACCACGUCCGCUCCUUCGGCGGCGACCACCUCCCCGUCGCCCUCGACGGCGCCACCGCCCCCGCCCCCGCCGAGGACCGCCGCAUCAUACGCUUCCAACGGUGA